UUCAAUAGUUUGUGAGUUUCUGCAAAAUGAGACGCCAGCUUCACACACACCUACUGUAUUACUAUUGGAAUUAGACAUGUUUGGUAACUAUCUGGUAAGGGUCCAUGCCCAGGUAAUGACGAGAGAUGACAGUUCCGGUGGUUGGGUUCCUUUGAGCGGUGGUGGAUUAGCGAAUGUCUCAGUCAGGCGUAGAGUCACUCCCUCAGGAGUACAUCAAAUAAACAAUACUAAUGGAACCACUAUUCCUACCACGACUAAUCCUACGAAUUCCGUCUCCAAUGCAGCGGUCGGUCUUCAGAACCAUGGAUCUUCCAAUAUCUCCCCGCCUGGCGCGAAUAAAAGAAAACAUGAAUAUCUUAUUUAUGGGAAACGUAUUACCGAUCAGUCGGUUGUUCUUAGUUGUACAAUUAAAAAAGAUUUCGAAUAUAAUAAGGUAAUGCCAACUUUUCAUCACUGGCGGACAGGGGAAAAGAAGUUUGGUUUAACGUUUCAAACAGCUGCCGACGCAAGGGCGUUUGACAAAGGUGUUCGAACAGCAGUUGAGGAACUAUUGGAAGGUUUGUCUGAUUUAACGUUGACUACCGAUGUUCCAGACGCUGGGGAUGAAGAUGUUUUCAUGACUUUGAAUUUGCCAGUGGAACCACCUGAGCCACGUGCGUCUUCGGAUACACCUCAUGGAUUUCGAGUGCCGAAUUAUUCUCAAUAUUCGGAGCUUCCUGACUCUCACCGAUCUAUCCAUUACAUCGGUGGUUCUUCCACCAUUAAAGCUCCACCGACGCAACAUCCUCUGGCUUCUGCCACAGACAUUGGAUCAGAUAAUUAUCCCUAUGUGCAGCUUACAACACUUAAUCAUGAAUAUCUGUAUCCUAUUAUUGACGAUCAUAAGGGUGAGAGAUUAGACGGACAUAAUACUUCUAAUAGCGGAAGCUCUUUGAAGAAACCAGACACAAUAAUAUCGCAACCUUCGAAGAAUACUAUGAAACGUAAUGUACGUUUACGUUGCAAGCAUUGUCAAGAACUGUAUUCGGAGCAACAUAAUCCAAAAGGUUCCUGCGAGUAUGCUCCCGAUCCAAUUAGGCGUGGAAUUGCAACAGUCUCUUGUUUGUCAUGUGCCCAAUGUAUGUUAUAUCACUGCAUGAGUGACGCCGAAGGUGAUUUUGCACAAAAUCCUUGUAGUUGUAGUACAGAAGAAGGAUGGGGACGAAGAUGGUGCGGUUUGGCCUUGUUGUCAAUCAUCGUCCCUUGCUUGUGGAUAUAUCCUCCUCUUAAAGCUGUACAUUGGUGUGCAGUUUCCUGCGGCAUGUGCGGCGGGCGUCACCAUCCUACGGAAUAGUUGGAAGAACCCUUUGAUAUCUCUGCUCCAUAUUUGAUUGGUUCAAGCAAUUUUUCCACAUCAUACAACGCAGUCGCCAAUGUAUAUGAAUGUCAUGAUUUGAGUAUGGGUCGUUGUCAGAGGUAUCAAAGGGGUAGACAGUUUCCAGUGCACGCACUUAUCCAUCAGAGUCAUCUCUAAGAAAAAAAAAUUGGUCAAAGAGAAAAGACCCAAUUUAGAUGUUUUACACACACACACACACACACACACA